AGACGACCAAUCAUGGCGUUUCCCCGUAAUCCUGGCCACGAGCUCGAUCUCGGCUGGGUUGAAGCGAGUCGCGUCAACCACCCUGCUACGAAUCGACGUGCAAGUCAGCAUAAAGCUCGACGCUCGAUAAAGAAACAAUGGCAAGCAGCGUGGCUUCUCCGUGCGGUCACGUGCAUCGACUUGACGACUCUGAGCGGCGACGACACCCCAAGCAAUGUCACCAGACUCUGUCAUAAGGCCAAUACGCCCAUCCGGCAAGACCUCAUCGAGUCGCUUGGCGUCAAAGACAAGAAAAUUACAGUCGGAGCCAUCUGUGUGUACCCCGCUCGCGUUCCCGACGUCGUGCGCGCAUUGAGAGAAUUGAAUGCUGAUAUACCGAUUGCCUCUGUAGCCGCCGGAUUUCCAUCUGGUCAGAUGCCGAUGGAGCAACGUCUGGAGGAGAUAAAGCAAGCUAUUUCAUAUGGAGCCACAGAGAUUGAUAUAGUUAUCAACAGGACACACGUGUUGACGGGAAACUGGAGGGCUCUGUAUGAUGAAGUGAAGGCGUGCCGUGAAGCUUGUGGGCAUGCGCAUCUUAAGACCAUUCUGGGUACCGGUGAACUGGGAACGUUGACGAACGUGUAUAAAGCUAGCCUUGUGGCAAUGAUGGCCGGGUCAGAUAUAAUCAAGACGUCAACUGGAAAGGAGGCAGUCAAUGCUACGUUUCCUGUGGCUUUUGUGAUGGUGAGGGCUAUCAGAGACUACUAUGAGAGAACGGGAUACAAGAUUGGGUUCAAGCCUGCUGGUGGGAUUCGUAGUGCCAAAGACGCUUUGAGUUGGUUGGCUCUGAUGAAAGAGGAACUGGGCGAUGAAUGGACUAAACCAAAUCUAUUUCGAAUUGGUGCAAGCUCUCUGCUGGGUGAUAUUGAACGUCAGCUGUAUCAUCAUGUGACUGGUCGUUAUGCAGCGCAGCAUCAGCUUCCAAUGGCUUAGACAAUAGGAGAUCUGUGACAGUCUGGCUUCACUCUAUGUGCAUGUCUAUAUCUUGCUGUAUCUCCAAUGCUAAUGGGUUUUGUAAGGAUAAUAUGAACUGUUUAGGAGAACACAUCGUAAUUGAAUGCACAGACUAGAUUGUCAUAGUAACAUUUCAUGCAUAGCACAAUGUCUGGUAGGAAACAUUCCGUGUCUGGCAUGCAAUUAGUGGUUUAGAAUAUGCAAGAUUAAUUUUAGCCUCAUCUGCAGUUGA